AUGUCGUCGCCGGGUGUCGCGGGAGGGCCGCAGGGACCCGCACAGGACUUGGUGACCCCGCAGCGGGCGACGAGCAGCGGAGGCGGGAGCAGCCAUGUUCACGCGCACGGCGAGUCGUCACGCAGGAGACCGUCGGUCAGCGUCGGACUCGGCAGCGGCGAUGCGACAGACGCGAUGGGUCACCUCGCAGACGACCUCGCACGGGAGGACCGGGAGGAGGAGGAGCGCGAGGAGCACGAGGCUUUCUACGAGCGCGAGGCGAAGAGCUCUCGUGGUCAGGAAGACAUGUCGAGGAUGCACAACACGCCGACGUCCGCACCGCGCUCUGCAGCCGCCGCCAGACUCUACCGACACCACCGAAACGUGAGCGACUCGAGCAUCGACAGCCAGGGCGGCGCCUACAUCGACCACCGUCGCCAGCCACACUCGCUCUCGUUCGGCACGACGCCGCGAGGGCAGAAUGCCCCGCGCAAUGUCGACAUGUACGGCAGCGCGAGGAAGGGCAGCGCCUUGCGGAGGUUCAGCACGAGCGACGACGAGCCGAGUGCGCGCUCGCCCAUCUCGCCACGAGCCAUCGACGACAUGCGAGGAGGGCGCAAGAUGUCGUAUGCGAACCAGGACGUCGACGAGGAUGCGAUCGCAGACGACGAAGGGCCGGCUUCGCCUCGCUCUCCUCGCCCCGUCCACUUCCUCGACCGCCACCCUUCGCAAAAGUCGCUCAACUCGCUGCACUCUCAGCGCAGCCGUGACUCGGAGCACGAGGAGCAGCAUGCUUCGUACGGCGUUGACCUGUCGCGGCCUGGUUCAGGCUUCGGCAAGCCCGAAGACGACAUCUGCUUCCCUGCGCACGGCGCAGCAGCAGAGCUCGACUACAUGGACAUGCACCAGCAGCACCCGCACGGCGGCCUCCCCAUGGCCGGCGUUUUGCCGAACUUCCCGUACCCGUUCGACUUUGGCGCGCUCGAAGAGUUUGCGGAAGGCGAGCGCGAUGGACUACCGAUCCCCUCGAUGCGACGGCGGAAGGGAGCGGCUGCCGGCGAGAACGGCUUCUCCCCCUCGAACGAGUACGGCGUCUCGUCUGCGACCGCAACGCAGGGACGGUACAUGGGUGGACCGAUGAGCAGCAGCAGCGAGGCGGAAGUCCCGCGGAUGGGCGGUCGACACCGCAAAUUUAGCGAGACGGUCCACCCGGGGAGGAUGAGGCGGAAACUCGCGCGCUUCGAAGGAGCAGGCGAUGAUCUCGGCGACGCGGGUGUGGGCGAGCGCGAACCCCCCUCGACCCCUGGGCACUUCGUCAGCAUCAUGGACACCAAGACGCCUUUGCUGGGCGACAAGCGCGCCGGGUCAGGAGCGGGCGGGUAUGGUACAGCCGGCGGCGAGGGCGCGCGCAAAGUCGGCCCGCGACCUUAUCGCUUCUCCUUCUACUCGAAUGCGCUGCCGUCGACGAUUCAUGCGCGCUCGCUUGCGGAACUGCCAGGCGAAGGCCAGACGUUCGAGGAGCUCUUCUGCGGACGGCGACCGACGGAGGAGGACGACCCGCCUCACCCAAUCAACCUCGACGCACGACUCGCGCAGCUCUCUUCGCCGAUGCAGGGAGGCAUGCCAGGUUCCGGUGCCGCCACGCCCAGCGCCGCUUCGAACGGCCGCCAGUCUGUCAACGGCUCGAGAAAGGGAGGCGCCGUGCCGGCGGGCAUCUCGGCGGCAGCGAUGCGCGGCGAGCGACCACGGACAGCGGUUAUGCGGAGCGAUGAGGAGGCGGAGGCGAACACCUGGUGGCUCGACGUAAUGUGCCCGACUGACCAAGAGAUGAAGGUCUUGAGCAAGGUUUUCGGCAUCCACCCUCUCACGACUGAAGACAUUCAGAUGGAGGAAACGCGCGAAAAGAUCGAGCUCUUCCGGAACUACUACUUUGUCUGCUUCCGCUCGUUCGAGCAGGACCCGUACUCGCCGACGUACCUCGAGCCGCUGAACAUGUACAUCGUCGUCUUCCGCGAGGGCACGCUCUCGAACGUCCGACGACGCAUUAAGCAGCUCAAGGACUACAUCAACGUCACGUCGGACUGGAUCUCGUACGCCCUCAUCGACGACAUCACCGACGCUUUCGGACCCCUCAUCCAGAAUAUCGAGUACGAGGUCGACUCGAUCGAUGAGCUUGUACUCAUCUUGAAGGAGGCAGAGCAGAGCGACAUGCUCAGGCGGAUCGGAACAUGCCGCAAGAAAGUCAUGGGCCUGCUUCGCUUGAUGGGUAACAAGGCCGACGUCGUCAAGGGGCUGUCGAAGCGGUGCAACGAGAACUGGUCGGUGGCGCCCAAGUCGGACAUUGGUCUCUAUCUCUCCGAUAUCCAAGACCACAUCACGACCAGCACGCAGAACUUGACGCACUACGAGAAGAUUCUGUCGCGCUCGCAUUCCAACUACCUCGCUCAGAUCUCGAUCGAGAUGACCGACGCCAACAACCAGAUCAACGACGUCCUCUCGAAGCUUACCGCUCUCGGUACUGUCCUCAUUCCGAUGAACCUGAUCACCGGUCUGUGGGGAAUGAACGUCCACGUCCCUGGCCAGAAUGUCGAGAACCUACACUGGUUCUUCGGGAUUAUUGGCUGUCUCGCCGCCAUCGCCGUCGGAGGAGCAAUCUUCACCUACAAGGUCUUCGUUCGCAAAUAG